AUGUACUUCCAGGUUUUCCAUGAGCUGGUAGCGCCGUUAACAGACACCGCCGUGCGUAGAGCGUUACCGUCGCGCUCUGCAAAGUUCUACGGAGGUGUUCGAAUCAACUAUGUUACGAAAAUGUUAUUGCAUCUGCAGAACCUUCGCCCCGAAGCAUCUCGUCUUCCUUGUCUUCGCAUUUUCGGCUGUAUACCUUGUUCUUUUACGAUAUACAGGAAACAGCGGCAUCUCUUUUUCAGUCGUAGAAGUUCCGGUAUUUUCAGUGGCUCCCCGUUUACGAAAAAAUCUGCAGUACAUCAAUCAACCGAAGUGGUCGAUAAAAUUGUUGAGAAUGCAAGGCUCCCGCAAAUACUGGAUGAAUCUGAUCCGAAGGAGGUUGAGAAUGCCAGACAAACAUUGACGGUCUUGAAUAACGUUGCAGAAUUUGCAGACAAGAAAGUGGAGAGAAAAACUACGUUGGCCAUGCUGCCUGGAGAUCUUUGUCCUGAGCCGGAAUUCGUUCCCGAUUUAUCCGGUUCACUUCCACAAGCCGUGUUGCUCAUCGAAAAUCUUCAGGAAGCGGAGGUUAUUGCUGCUCACCCCGAGGUCAAACCCGGUGGUGAAUGGAAACCCUCAGACUGCAAGGCUCGUCACAAAGUGGCUAUUAUCAUCCCUUUUCGUGAUCGGCAGAGUCACCUAACAAGGCUGCUUGAUUUUCUCAUUCCCAUUCUCCAGAGGCAGCGUUUGGACUUUCGAUUCAUUGUUACAGAGCAGUAUGGAAACGACCUUUUCAACAAAGGACGCAUAAUGAAUGCGGCGUUUCGCUUUGCGGAGACACUGAAUGUCGACUGUGUCAUUUUCCACGAUGUCGAUAUGUUUCCGCAAGACGACCGUAACCCUUAUUCGUGCCCUCCAUCACCAAGGCAUAUGGGAGCAUUCGUCAGCAAUCUAGGAUAUCAAUUAUGGUACAAGGAAAUUGUCGGAGGUGUGCUGGCUGUGUCGAUGGAGGACUAUCGUUUUAUUAAUGGAUAUUCGAACAUGUACUGGGCAUGGGGUGGAGAGGAUGAUGAUAUGGGAAAACGCAUACUUUCGCUAAAUUACACGAUAGAACGGCCACACUCGGAAACUGGUCGAUAUUCGAUGCUGAAACACGUAAAAAGGAAAAGGACUGCACCAAAGCUAAUAUAUAAAUUGCUCGAAAUAGCAGAAAAACGGGUUGGAUAUGAUGGGUUGAACGAGACCGAUAAGUGGACUGUGCGAAAGGUCACCGUUCGACCGCUCUAUUACCACCUAUAUGUGGAUGUUGGCGCAGUACCCGAAGAAUGGCGCGAGAAGAAAAGCUAA